CAAACACAAACAAAAACACGCACAUGUACACGUUCACGCUCACCAAUUUAGAGAGAGAGUUUUUGGGUUUUGUUUAGUUUUUUUUUUAAUUGCAACUUGAAUUGAAGGCCUGACCAGUGCGAAGAGCGCUCUUCGCACAAGUUAUUUGCGACUCGAUACGCCGAGGUUGAUAAGAACAAAGGCGAGUGGAAAAGCUUCAGAAGAAGCUUAAGGCGAGGAAAACGGGCAGAGCGGCAACUGAACUUCAGAACUCGAACUUUGGCACGGAAACCUUCAUUAGCCUCAUCUUAUUCGUCGUGGAUAUAUGACCUGCCAGUCGGAAUCAAUAGCGUUCUCCAACUACACAGGCACUGUCACUGCCCAAAACAGCUUGCAUCAGUGUUAUUGCACAAAUUAAUUAGACAUGGCUGCAGCAAUUGAACAGCGUUUCCAGGCCGCCGUCAACGUGAUCAAAGGACUGCCCAAGAAUGGACCUUAUCAGCCCAGCACCUCCAUGAUGCUGAAGUUCUAUGGCCUCUUCAAGCAGGCCACUGAGGGGGCGUGUGACCAGAAAAAGCCCGGCUUCUGGGACGUGGUCGGCAGAGCCAAAUGGGAUGCCUGGCACGAUAAUCGCCACCUGAACAAGGAACAGGCUAUGCAGCGCUACGUUGAGAGCCUUAAGGAAAUUAUCGAGACGAUGUCGUUUACAGAGAAUGUACAAAACUUUGUGGGCAGUCUUGACGGCUUGGGGAACAUUAAUCUCGACGAGCUGGAACUGGUUUCGCCGGGAAUGCGCGAGAUAGCUGAAUCGCAUCCCAACUCGCCGUUCCAUUCGCGAACAAACAGUCCGCAGCACGGCUUUAACGGCAACGCUGACGAAGAUCUGGAUGCUCCGCUGGCAUCAUCAGAGUCGAUAAAGGAUGAGGCGGUGAUAACUAAUGGCCACAUAGCUGCACCACUGACCAAUGGCUAUGCUGGAAAGCAUAAUAACUUUGCACACGAUCCCCACAACUACACGAACAAUAGCAGUGUGGCGAUUGUAGAGCCCUCGGACGAUGAAUACGAUGAUCCGUACGACCUUAGCCACGAGCUGACCCAAGCGAUUGCCCAAAACACGGAGCUACUGCAACAGAUCCAGACAGCGAUCUCGCGGAUGAACAGCGACGUGGGAACAGUGCAACAGCGGGUCAGGAGCCUCGAACAAUCGGUUAAGGAGCUGCCCAGCGGCCAAAGUUCAAAGCGAGAAGCGUGGAAAAGUUCACAGCCUUCUUGGUGGCCUUUCAGAAAUAUUUCGCCCCUAUGGUUCGCCAUUCUGAUCCUGUGGCCUUUUGUGGUGCGACGCUUCGCGGGAUUGCUCCAAACAGCGCCACAACGCAGACGCUGACGCCAACGUCCUUAUCAACUAGCGGAAGGGGCAAUAGUUAGUUAAAAUUUUCCUUUGGUUGCGGGCACAAGCUUGGUCUUUAGCUUUCAUCUAUCCUCGAAAGCAUUAUUCGGUUAUUGUACAGAGUCGGCCUUAUUUGUAGAAUCCUAACCCCACGGUUAUCCAGUUGCAAUGUCUUUACUAUAUUUUAUCGAUUCGCUAAAAUUAUUUGUAUAUUUAUUUUGUACUGCAAAACGCAUUCCCCACAUCUGAUUUAGUUUGUAAGCAAAAUGUUUCUUGUACAAUUUUUCCAACAGCAGACGCUUUAUUUUAUUUUUAAAGUGUCUCCCGUGUAAUUAUGGUUGUAUGUGAACAGUCUCUUGUGCAUUAUUUUGUUGUUAAUUUGUAUUUUAAUAUUUUUUUGUAAUAAAGUCAUGUUUAAAAGGUAA